AUGACUUUUCUUCUCACUCGACAAUUGGCCUUGGCCCGAUCACGGUUCGCCGGUGCUGUUGCAGCUCCCGGCGUUCUUGCAUCAUCCGCACGACUUUAUUCAGCCACCAAAACCGCAUUCGGUCCACAGGAUAUUCAAAACAAUGACUACAUCCUGUCCGGGCUUCCAAUUCAGUGUAAUCCCAACCCUUUCCAUGAUUUCAACAUGGAGGGCAGAGUUUAUGCUAUCACUGGUGGUGGACGAGGAUUGGGACUGUCGAUGGCCGAGGCACUGAUCGAUGCUGGCGCAAAGGUUCACUGCCUCGAUCGACUGAAAACUCCUCACUCAGACUUCAUGACUGCAAAGGGCCGAGCAAAGGAGCAUGGCGGCUGCUUGGAGUAUCAUCGGGUCGAUAUCCGGAAUAACGAAGAAUUGAAUGGAAUCUUUGCAACCAUUGCCACUCAGCACAAACGCCUUGACGGUCUUAUCGCUGCAGCUGGUAUCAAUAACCUCCAGUGCGCGCUAGAGCACUCUCAGCAAGCUCUGAGCGAUGUCAUGUCGACCAACUACACUGGUGUUUUCAACUCAGCAACCGCCGCUGCUCGCCAGAUGAUUAACUAUGAGCAGAGGGGCUCUAUCCUCCUAGUGGCUAGCAUGAGCGGUCUGAUUGCCAACAAGGGCAUGGAAUCACCCGUUUACAACUCUUCCAAAGCUGCCGUUAUUCAGCUUGCCCGCUCCCUUGCUAUGGAGUGGGGUCGUCAUGGAAUUCGUGUGAAUAGUCUCUGCCCGGGCCAUAUCCUUACCCCUAUGGUUGAAGAUGUGUUCAAGCUAAAUUCUGCUACACGUGCCCUCUGGGAAAAGGAGAAUAUGCUCGGUCGUCUUGCAAUGCCCGAGGAAUUCAGAGGUGCUGCCCUCUUUGCCCUUUCUGAUGCUAGCAGCUUCAUGACCGGGAGCACUUUGGUUAUCGAUGGUGGCCAUACCGCAUGGUAA